AUGGCUGCUUUGGAAUGUCUGAGGGAUAUUGGGCUGGAAGAAGAAUGCCGACAAUUGGCCAGCCCAAAAGAAAGCAUGGUGCAUACCCGUUGGGGUUAUAGUAUGGCUGGCGAAGAAUAUGCACGUCACUAUGCCUGGGGGUACGGCCCAGCUUUGGAAGCGAAGUACAAAGAAGCGAGCCCUUGCGAACCGAUCGAUCUGCCGCAGACACGGCUCGAGCCAAUUCUCAUCCGCAAAGCUGCCACUAGCGGCUUCAUCACCCGAUUCGAUACGGAAUAUUUACGAUUUGAGGAUGAUGUAUCGAAGGGCAAGGUUGAUGUGAUCGUCAAAGACACCGUUUUUGGCACUACGCAUCGGAUUAGAUGCCGAUACUUGUUUGGUGCAGACGGCGCCCGAAGUGGGAUUCUUCGACAACUUGGCCUGCCGUUAAAGGAAAAUCCUGGAGGAGGGCUCGCAUGGAACGUCCUGGUCAAAGCCGAUUUGAGCAACUUCAUCACACACAGACAGGGUAAUUUGUAUUGGUGCUAUCAGCACGACGUGGACCAUCCAGACUUUGCCUGGAUCGGCUUUCCGCGCAUGCUGAAGCCGUGGGAUGAGUGGGUGUUCGUCAUGUUCCCCAUCCCAGGCUACAAGCCAGAGGUACCGCCGACUCAUGAACAGUGGAUGAAACGCAUCUGGCAAACCAUCGGAGAUGAGACGGUAGAUAUCGAGAUUCUCAACGUCAGCAGGUGGCUGGUCAACAAUAUUUGGGCCGAGAAGUAUGCGAAGGGCAAUAUCUUCUGCCUCGGGGAUGCCGUGCAUCGUCAUCCUCCCGCCAAUGGGCUCGGUUCCAAUACCUGUGUUCAAGAUGUCUUCAAUCUAGCAUGGAAAAUCGCCUAUGUUCUCAAGGGUGCGGCAAAAGCUUCUUUCGUGACUCUCCUCACGACCUGGCCGGUAAAGGCGGCUUUACAAUCUUGA